UAUAUAUAUAGUUCUGAGUAGGUUUUUGCUGUUUUCUUUUUUCAGGGCUUUGCAAAGAACAGUUAUGAAGAACAAAACUGUCAGACUUCACUAUGCAGUUGGUCCUUCUUGUUUUCUUGGUGUGGGCACAGCAAGGGUGGUACUGGCUGACCCUCAAGAAGAUGAAGCUAAGAAUAACAUUACCAUAUUUACAAGAAUUCUCGAACAGACUUCUUGAUGGUUAUGAUAAUCUGUCUUAGACCGGGAUUGGGAGACAGCAUUACUGAAGUCUUCACUAAUAUCUACGUGACCAGUUUUGGCCCUGUCUCAGACACAGAUAUGGAAUACACAAUAGAUGUUUUCUUCCGUCAAAAAUGGAAAGAUGAAAGGUUGAAGUUUAAAGGUCCCAUGAACAUUCUCCGACUGAAUAACCUAAUGGCCAGCAAAAUCUGGACUCCUGACACUUUCUUUCACAAUGGCAAGAAGUCUGUGGCUCAUAACAUGACCAUGCCAAACAAGCUUCUACGUAUCCAGGAUGAUGGCACUUUGCUGUACACAAUGAGGCUUACAGUGCAAGCUGAAUGUCCAAUGCAUUUGGAAGACUUUCCAAUGGAUGCUCAUUCAUGCCCUUUGAAAUUUGGCAGCUAUGCAUACACAACCUCAGAAGUUACCUAUAUAUGGACUUACAAUGCAUCUGAUUCAGUACAGGUUGCUCCAGAUGGAUCCAGAUUAAAUCAGUAUGAUCUCCUAGGCCAAACUAUUGGAAAGGAGACAAUUAAAUCUAGUACAGGGGAAUAUACAGUUAUGACAGCACAUUUCCACUUGAAAAGAAAAAUUGGUUAUUUUGUCAUUCAGACCUAUCUCCCUUGCAUCAUGACAGUCAUUCUCUCCCAAGUAUCAUUCUGGCUGAAUAGAGAAUCAGUACCUGCAAGGACUGUCUUUGGAGUUACAACUGUCCUGACAAUGACAACCCUGAGCAUAAGUGCUCGAAAUUCUCUCCCCAAAGUAGCUUAUGCAACAGCUAUGGACUGGUUCAUUGCGGUUUGCUAUGCAUUUGUCUUCUCUGCUUUGAUCGAAUUUGCUACAGUCAAUUACUUCACAAAAAGAGGUUGGGCAUGGGAUGGAAAAAGUGUAGUCAAUGACAAGAAAAAAGAAAAGGCAUCCGUGAUGAAGAAGAACAAUGCCUAUGCUGUGGCAGUGGCCAAUUAUGCUCCAAAUAUUACGAAGGACCCAGUUCUUUCUACCAUCUCCAAGAGUGCCACCACAGCAGAAACCAACAAGAAACCAGAGGGAAAGCCAGCAGAAGCAAAGAAAACCUUCAAUAGUGUUAGUAAGAUUGACAGAAUGUCUAGAAUAGUUUUCCCAGUCUUAUUUGGUACUUUUAAUUUAGUGUACUGGGCAACAUAUCUAAACAGGGAGCCUGUGCUCUUAGGGUUUGCUCCAUCAACCUAAAUGCAAAACUUUAUAUGGAUAAUGCAAAAUAAAAAUCUGCUAGGUUGUUUUGCUAUGUACAGUCUGACUAAUAACUGCUAAUUUGUGAACCAAUAUGUACAGAAUGUAUAUAGAAAUCUAUCUUAUCAGUAAGUCUCCAAAGGAGGCCCACAUUUGCUAACUCAUGGGAUCUGUAAGCAGAUAGCACCCAUGCCAACUGAGCCAUUGCUUUUACAAAGGUGUACCGAGGGAAGUUGGUUUGGAGUCAAUUUCAGGUAUGCUGAAUAUGACCUCUAUUUACUGUAGAAAUGAAAAUGGGAGUCCUACACAACACUUCUGGAACACUUUUGUUUUAGUUAGAUGUUAGGAUCUUUCUCUACCCAUGUCUAAUUUUACAAUAAUGGGUGAAGUUAUUAUUUAAAAGAUGAGUUUUUUUUUUAAAACAGCAAGGUUUGUGCUCUGCAAACUUAACAUUUUCCCUGAGUGCUCAGAAUCCCUGUUGAUGUAUUUGGGAGUUUGGUGCACAUAAGAAGAAUGCUAGGAAGCAAGAUUUAGCCUCUAAUUAUUCUGUACAGUUUGUUUAUCCAUGUACAUAUUACAGUCUGAUGAUGACCUCAAAUUUUAGAUGAUUCACAACCUGACAGGAUGUUAAUUAUGCUUAGAAUUGAAUAACUGUUGGAAUGUCAUAGUCAUUAUUUUCUUACCUUUAGACCUUAUUGGAAAGUUGUCAUUGAAGCAGUCACUGAAACCCUGCAAAUUAUUUUUGUCAGCCACAGACAAUUUAAAUUCUUAGUGUCUCCAUUUCACAAAAGAAAGUGUCUUACUCUUUCAAAUAUGUAUUGAGAUUGAUCAGCCAAAUUGUCUUGGUUUGGAGACAGUAACAAUUCAUUUCAAACUCUGAAGGCUGUUGAGCAAUGCUGACAUUCCCACUCCUCAGAAACUGAUCAGAGCUUUUGUGUCCUGGAGAACAUAUAUGAAAACUGUAAGAUACUCUUUGUUCCUGUUUACUAAUACAGAAAAAUUCUGCCUUAAGGCUUCUCUCUUCAUCAUUUUGGGGAAGCCACUAAUUCUAAAGGAAGAGGCAGUUAAAGUGGCACUUUUUCUCUGUCCUAAAAGCAGCUCACUCAGAUAAGAUUUAAUGUAAAUCUGCUUUUGUAAAUUGCAACUUUACAUUUUGCUGACAUAACUUUACAAUGGCUUUGUAUACCAGAAAAAGGUUUUGGUAAGGGUUGAACAUUUUUUUACUUAAACUUUAAAGCAUUACUGGCAAUUAUUGACUAUUUCACACACAUAUACACACAACUCAUACAUAAGUAGCAAAAUUAGAAGCCGUUUUCAAUUUUAUAUCAAUGUUUAAUAAGAAUGAGUAAAUUUCUGGAGUUUUUUUUUCUUUUCUUUUGAAUGUUUUGAAAAUAUUCUUUAUACCCUGAGACAGCUUUUUAAAAAAAUGUAAUGAUUGUGUAUGACCCCCUAACUUCCAGGGUUCUGAACAACCUAAAAGCCCUUUUGAUUCACACAUAUAUUAGCAGUUAUUAGUUGACUUUUACCAAGAGAUCACCUUUAUGAUGAUGUCUUUGUAGAAACAUGUGUAGUCGUACAGUGUCAUUUCUUGCAGUUUUGUAUAGUAUUUGAGUCUAGUGCAUAAAAUAGGUAUGUUGAAAAAUCAAUAAAAGGAAUAACUUCUGAUGUGGAAAAAAAGCAAAAAGAACCAAACAAUGUUGCUUUCAUUUGCCUUUUUUCUUUGUUUCUUCUAGUUUUUUCUUUUAAAAAAUGUGAUUCUCUUCUGUAUUCUGCAUGACUAUAUUGAAAUCAAGGUCACAAAUUCAUUUUAAUAACAGAAUUUACAGUGAAGACAGACAUAAUUGUCAAUAGUCCCAGAGGCCACAAUAUAAUCCAUAAGACAUUAAAGAAACCAAAGGGUGAUGCAUAAACCCAAUAUAAAUAUCCCUAAUCCCCUUCUAAUGAUGCCUUCUUUAUCAUAAAAAUAGUUUAAAACAUGCACUUUACUCAAGCAUUCAACUACAAAGGACCUUAUUUUCAUACAUAUUUCUGUAUACAUUGUAGAUCUCCCAUGUAAUUCAGAUAUGUUUGCAAUAUGAUAAAGUAUGUCAGGUUUGAGGGCAAACAGUAAAAGGGGUGCUUUUUUCAUGGUAUAUAUAUAUUAUACAUUUAAAGAGGUUUUCAUUUGUAAAUUAUAAUAUAUGUCCUUAAUGUCAAACAACCCAGGUAUAAAUUAUAAAUUUAUAAAUAUGUAUAUAUGUAAAAAAGCUUGUAAAUAAUUGGUACUUCAAAUCAAACACCACCACAAACAAUCUCUCUCUUCUUUUGGCAAAGGGCCGUCCCUGCAUGGUUUAUUGCUGGCAUCAGUCCUAUGUACAAAUUAGAGUAGAUUGUCUAGAAUCAUUAUUUUCUUUGGUUUCAAUGGUUGAGGAUCUUCUGUACUAAUUACAAUGUAGUCUUAUCAUAUGUUCAUAUAAUUUAUUUCAGAAUGCUCUGUUACUGCUCUGACUUUGGUGCAUGUAUCUCUGUGAAUAUUCCUAAAUAGAAUCCUUAAGAGUUCUGAAUAGGUAUGGAGGAAUAUUGAAAUUUUGUUGGGGAGAGGUAGGAAACUCCAUGGAGAACAAGGAUCACAAGUUAUAGAGCCAUGAACUUGAAAAAUUUACUCACCCCUUAGAAAAACAACUAAGAAUGCAGACUAAUGAAAGCAAUGAUUUACUCCAAGGAGGAAAAAAAACAUGCAGGAAAUUAGGUGUUAAGAACCCUGAGCAUGCUCCCUUGGCAUAUUAAUACCAAUUUCAUGUAUGUGUAUAUAUAAUACCCAAAGUUACAUACACAAGAAAUGGAAAUAUGUCUAAUUCAAUUAUCAGACAUGCCCUGCUUUGAAAUUAACUGAUGUAAUUGCCAUUAAAGUGAGGAGAAAUUAAUAUGAAUCUCAUCCCUUUAGAUAAGAUGCUAAAAUAAAAUGAUCAAUGAAAUAUGCAAAUCUUUCUUAAUAUUGGAAAUAGUUUUCUAUUUUUCUGCUAUCCAUUUCCUAUUGAUUUCAAAUAUAAAACUACAAAGAAUACAAACAGUUCACAAAUUCAUUAAUAAUCAGUAUUUUUUUGAUUGUCAGCCUUAAGAAUUUUUUCAAGGGAUCUUAAGAUGAUAGUUCUCCUCAGUUUCUCUGUAUUUCCACUUUGUGUCAGGAUUAGAUUAAGAUGCAUCUUCAAUUAUUUAUUCAGCUUUAUAAAAAUACAAAGUUUCACUUAAAAAUUCCAGUUUGUGUCAGGAUUAGAUUAAGAUGCAUCUUCAAUUAUUUAUUCAGCUUUAUAAAAAUACAAAGGUUCACUUGAAAAUUCACUAUUCAUAUUGCUGAAGAUCCUUAGGUCUUAUAUUUUUAUCAUUAAUGUAUUAAAUGAAAAUAUAACUUGUGAAUUCUCUCAUGACUCUUAAAGCUUUCCAAAUUAUAGAUAAAAAAGACCUAGCCAUUACUAUCCUAUGGAUUACUGGUAUAUAUGAUACAAGAUGGUGACAAAUGUCUUAUUUGACAUAACUUUUCUGUUUUCAGAGAGGAGGGGGAGGAAAAAGAGGAGUGAAAGAAGACAGAUAUGAUGGCUUUCUGUAUGUUAUCAGAUUCCUUAAGUCUACUUGUAUUCAUCUAUUCCUUCAUUCAGGCCACAUUCAUUGAGUAUCCAAUAUGUGUAAGAAGUCAUAUGGGAAAAGACCCAUCAGGGAGCUCUACUCUCUUUAUACUCAAUGGGUUUUAAUCCCUAAUUUGAAGACCACUAUAUCAAUGUCAGUUAAACAUGAUUUAAAUCCUGUAGUUAUUUUGGAAUAGUCAACUUUCCCAACAUUCUUAUUAGCAGCUAUUUAAAAUGAUCAUUAGGUUUACUAAGAAUAAAGUAUAUGCAGUAAGGCAAUUUAUUUUGUUUCCAAUCAUCUAACUAAUGUUUAAUAUAGUCAUAAAUCCAGGUUCAUAAGUCUUCUGUCUGAUUUGUCUAGGUAGAAAAGUAGACAAUUUUAGGGAAUUAUCAACUAGUCUAAUACUACCCAGUUCUGAUGUUGAUUCUCUAUUAAUUGAGCUCCUUGAGCACUUAGGACCUGGCUUGAACUAGUCUAUUAAUCCCAAAGGCACAGGAUUAAGACCAUCUGAGGAACUACUUCUGGCUUAAAAUUUGUAGUAACAAUACGCUGAUGCCACACAUCCUAAGACAUACAGUUUAAUGCAUAGGCUUGAAUUAUAAUGAAACAUUUAUUCAUCUCAUCCCUUUUGGGUUGAAUGCACUGUUUAAAAAAUUUAAAACCUAUAUUUAUCAUACUUCCUGACUGUAUCCUUAGUCUAUAUAGUUUUAUGUAUCACAAGACAAUAUAUUCAUCAUUCCUGUAUUAAAUCUUAGGUUAACAUAUAAUUGUGGUUUUACAAAAUUCAAAGAAACAGAAAGCAGAAUCAUAGAAUAAAGAGAAAAAAAUAAGUUAAAAGAAAGGUAAGGGUAUAUCACAAAUGAGUUUAAGUUUAAGCCAAGUUUAAGUUCAAGUUUAAGCCAAGUAAGAACCUCAUGUUUUUCCCCUUAAAAAAGGAGAGAAUAAGUAUCCCUCCAAGUAUUAUAAUAUUUCAAUAACCUAUUUAAGGAAAUAUUGAUAAUUUUAACAGUAGAAAAAGAGAAAAUUCCUUAUUAAAAUUAAUAAAGUUUACUUAAAAUGAACUUUUGUUCUAGGAAUAAAAAACUGACAGUUUGGUUGAUUUCAAUUACAAAGUUUCUUAUAUGUGUUCUAUUUUAAAUAUUUAGUUAGAACCAACUUUAAACAACAGUAUGUUUUUGUUUCCUAUAUUUGAUUUGUUUUUCAGGAUAUUGAUUUGUUUAGAGGGAAUUUCUAUUUUGUCCACAAUAGAUAUUAUUUAAAUGCAGACCACUCUCACUCUUUACAUUAUAGAUAGUGACCCAAUGCCAAUAAACAGUCAUAGUAGGAAAGAAAAGUAAAUUUGUUAUGCUUCUGCUUACAAGAUUUCUCUUUCCAAAGAAUUAAACAGUAAUAUCUUAAAGUUUGAAUCUACAUGUUAGCAUAUGAAGAUGGAGCCUACAAACCAAAUGGGCAAGAUGAGACAGGAGAAAUUCAUAUGAAUUUGUGAAACCUAUUUUUUCCUUUAUUCAGGGAUACAAUUCAUAUGACAAUUUUACUUCAAGAAUUAAUUAGCUUUGAAAAUGGUAUAACUUUGAAAAGAGAAACUUUAAAUGAAAAUACUCACUGUUAUUGUCUUCUAUAGAUUCUAGCAAGCAUUUGGGUAUGUAAUAACAAUUAAAUCCAUUAUUUUUCAAAUGGGAUAGUUUUCCUUAUACAUUUAAAUUUCUAAAUGCAAUAAGUCAACAGGAUGACAUAACUGUCUGCUAAAGAAAGCCAGAGAUCAUUUUAAAGACUAUUCCCUUAGGAAGUUAUUAAAAGAUUAUAGAAAUUGAGUAUCCAACUCAUUCUCAAAUUACUCAUUUAACUUCUAGUACAAUUGGCUGAUCGAGAUCCAAUGUGGCUUUCUUCUUAUGUGAGUAAUAUACUAUGGAGUAGUAUUUAUGGUUGUAAAUGCAAAUUCCUAUUUAAUGCAUUCCAAAGCCACUUAGUGUCUAAUUUAAGUAAAGUGAACAAAUUGUUGUGUUUGGCUGAACUUUCAUUGGCUGUCAUGUUAAUAUCUUUCCAAUACUUUUGAAUUAAUGUUAAUAUAAACAUCUGCAACACCAGAGCUACUAAAAGACAAUAUGAAAUUCUGGAUGGCCUGUUCUCCUGUGAAACAAAGAUUACUACUUGGUAUAGAGAAAUGAAAAAAAAAACUCAUUUAAGUUGAAGUAUUGGUUAAUAUAGUUUAUCAUUUUAUUUCUCCUAUGUUGUCAUUUAGUUUUGUCAUUUAAAAGUUGGUGAUAGCAUUCAGGAAGUUAUUUUUGCUAUAAAAUUUCGUUUAUCAUUUCAUACUUUAGUUCUUUUUGUUUUACUGGUUCAAAUUUGUCAUUAAUUUAGGAGAAGGGGUUAUACUUUGAUUUGAAAUGGUAUUUGCUUAAAAUAUGUAAUUCUUCAAAUCAUCAAGUUUACUUGUUAUACCUUUUUCCCUUCUGGUGCUUAACACAUCAUGGUAUAUUACAGGUUGAAAAGAGAAUCGUGAAUUGAACCUGAGCUCUCAGAUGAAUUCCAAUACUUGGGCUUUACAUUUGAAAGAGGCUUAGGGAAAGAAAUCAAAAGAAUUAUGCUGCAAUUGGUGUUAAAAUUGCUUUUAUCUUAUUUUUGCCCCAUUGCCACUGUUCCCACUCAGUUUGGUUCAUUUCUUGAGUGCAACUUUAUGUUUCACCUGUAAGAGAAAUAUGAAACCUCUGGCCUAGUUUUACUGUGAUGUACUGGGUACAGGGGCAGUGAAAGACUAAUAAUCAGAUCCUACCUCUGACAAAUACUGUCACUUUGGUCAUCAUAUUGCUAGCACCUAGCAUUUAUAUUUGUAUUUGUAACUAUGGCUAAAUCACUGACAUCUCUCUUGAGACUUCAUCGUAGACCAGUUACUUAUUUGCACUGGUGGAGGGAGUUUACAAACUUGGAGCUCCCAGACUGAUGAAAUGAUAGGUCCUUACUAAUCUCUCCUAGCCCCAAACCAAAGGGGAUAGAUUCAUAAUCCUUCUGCUCAGAAAACAAAAAGGUAAGCAUUUGGUCCCAGGUAGAAAGCAACGUUUGCAGAAACAUCUUGUUCUUUUAUAAAAGGAAAAAAUGCCAUUUAAGAGUUCGUGAAAUAUUGAGUCCUUGGGUUUUGGGACUGCAUCGCUUUGGUUAUUAUUUCUAUAGCACCUAGUAUAAUGACUGGAUGUAAUAGGUGCUUAUUAUCUUUGUUUGGUUUUUGACCUAUAGUUUUGUCGAGGAUAAACUAUGGUUAAAAGUCCUCAAUGAAACUGAACGCUUGUUGUAGAUUGCAGCCUGAAGGUCAUAGCAUGAUCUUGAAAUAUUUCAGGUAAUGCCUGAUCCCCGGGAAUUAUGGGUGCUUGUGCUUCAAAUUCCAUCGAGGUUUAAUAGAUUUUAUUAAGACAGGCCAAUUUGGGGAAUCCUCCCUUUCUGAAUGCUGGGAUUAAACAAAAUUUGAUUUCAGUGUGUGAAGAAUCUCAGGCAUGCCACUCUAGCCUCCUUUUGAAAGUGACAGCCUUAUUGUCAAGGUUCCACUGGGGAUGUUGUGAAGUGUCUUUAGAGAAUAUUUUCUAUGAGUUGCCCAAUUAGCAGGGAAGGAGGAGAAAAAGAGAAAGGGGUUCGUAUUCUAUUUCUCAUCACCAAUUAACAGCAAUGUCCACAUGCAGAGUCAUUGCAUGAUGCGUGCACAUUACACUGACCUUUGAAUAGUGACACUGCAUAGAAUUUUCUGGGUGCUUCUCUGGUAAGUUUCAUAGCUAUUAGGAUAUAACUAAGGGGUGAUAAUAUUCUUUCAUUUGUGACCUUGUUUUAAUUGGAAAAGUUAUCUUGUUUUAAGUGUAAGAGAAUCAAUUUAACCUUUAUUUGAAUGUGUCACUUUUUGCUUGCUGUUGGAAAAUAAUUAUUGAAUACCUGCAAAUAUUGCUUAACAUUAUCUUUUUGUACUUCUUAUUAAAAUUAAUUUCAAUA